CCUUUUUAAUCGUCCCACGAGGAAGAGGAGUAGAGAUUCCUCUUGUUAUUCGCCCAUUAUAAUGGCCGAAGGAGGUGUCCUAGUUAGCACUGACAGGGAGCUCUUAGACUCCUUGUCAAAGAAGAGGAGAGCUUUUAAAGAAUCUUUCAAGCUGAAGCCAGCAAAAGAUGGAGAGGACCUUGAGGCUACUGAUUCUGGCUUAAGAACAACAUCGAGUUUUAUUAGUGAUGAUCUAUUAGAUACAAUGAGGGCAAGAAGAGUUAGGAGACGAAUGAGAAAAGGAGAAUUACCUCCAUUAGAUCUCUCUUUGGCUGGUCCUAAGAAUCUUGAGCCAAUUCUUCCAUUACCUCUUCCUACUAACACUGAAUCCAUACUCACAUCAACACUUAAUGAUGAAGCAGCUGCUGGUGUUUCUAGUAUUCGUAGAUUAAGAGAGAGGCAAGAUCAUAGGACACGAUUUGAUGAUAUUGCUACUGGUAUUAUUGACUCAUCCAAUCAAAUUCGUCCGAUUUCUCCCACUUCUCCUCGUUCCCCUCCACCUCCUCCUCCUGUGUCCACAGCAAAAACUAAUCUCAUUGGUUCCAAGUUAUCAAGUGAGAGAUGGAAACUGUUAUCAUCAAGAAUGACCGAAACCAAAGACAAGGUAGAAGAAGAGAAUUCAAUGGAGUUUUUCCUGGGAAGUAGCCCAAAGCAUGUUAGCAGGUUACAAGACGAAGAGAGAAGCCAUCAACUUGAGGAGACUGAUCAUGACAGGGCAGCAGGUGACGACGGGUUUGAAGGAAGAGGCUUAGAAGAAGAUCCUUUACAGCCAGAGGGAGAAGGUGCCAUACAGAGAAGAGAUGAGGAAAGGGAUCUUGCCAGAAAUGAGGAGAGAGGAGAUAGAACAAUGCUCAUCACUCAGGAGGGUCUUUCUGCUAUGGAAGCUAAUGUUAAAAGAGUGCUUGAGUAUGGUUUCCCGAGAUAUACACCUCAGCAGGAGAGGAUUAACAAUGAGAAAACCCUCUAUUUUGUUCCCAGUCGAGUUCUUGCACCACUAGAAACAAAAACUCCUGAUGAAAAUCCACCCGUCUUUGAUGAGGACAUUGGCCUGUACGUUGGACAGCGGCCAAAAGUGAGCAUUGGUAACUUGGCAACAAUGGAAAACAGAUUAUUACGUCGUCCAGACAUGGGUAAGGGCUGGUUUGGAAAGGAUGGGCUACUUUUAACGACACCGGAACCGACACACAAACUUAUUACCAGACCCCUCAUCAUAGGAGAGGAUCCCAACCGUCACUUAAUCUACAGAGAACCAAGAAUGGCAAGGAAUAGCACUACUAUUAUCAAUAAAACUGAUGGUGUCAAUGACUGCCAGUUGGAGAUAUACUUAGGCUCAAUACAUUUCUCUCAUCAUCCUUUGUUUAGUAGAGAACAUGUAUUGAGCCAAUCUUUAUCAAAACAGUGUGAGGUGUAUCAUAAAAUAGACAGGGGAAGGCUUAUUGAUCAGUAUCGAGAACAAUUAAAAGCUUUGCAAUAUUCCAUUCAAGACUUAAAACAAUCACAGACCGAUCCAAUGCAAGCAUCAGAGCAGCUGGAAAGAUACCGCCUUGAAGUAAGAGCUAAGAGACAACAGUUGAAACAGACUGGUGCUACUGAGUACCAGCUAAUGCAAAACGUAUUGAAGACAUGGCGGGAACUAAAGCAGCUAAGAGAAGAUCAAGGAUACUCUUGUACUACCUCUCAACUAGUGAUACACAGGUUUGGAUCAGAUGCAAUGAUUGAGCAAGCUCUUAGAGACAGAGACAUUGAAGCUGAGCUAAUGGAAAGAAGAGAGGAUCACGAAGCAACUAUGGCAGUUGAGAUUUUACAAUAUCAACAAGAGCUGGCGGAAUGGAAAGCUUACAAUAAAGAAAGAAAGAGAACAGUCCGGGAACUAUCGAGAAAGGACUCUGUAGCUAGCCACGCCUCCUCAGCAGUGGAGAGUAGUACUAAUGUAGCAGACAUUGAAGCAAUGGCUACAGGUAACUCAACAUCUUUUAUUCCUCCUAAAAAGCCACGCCCUACAGCUCCGCCUUCAUUUGAUGAGGCGAGAGCUCGUUUGGAAUUAUUAGAAUAUUACAGACUGAAUCAUCGUAAACCAGGAGAUCCUAAACUAGUACCACAACUGACACAGAAUCACCCCAUCACUCAAAAUGUACCAAGGGACGAACAAACUCGUAGGAACUUGAUUGAGGGCACUAGAUAUAAAAUAAAAGUGCUAUAUAAUAACAAAGAAUUUCACAACACCAAAGACAAGUAUCUAGCUAGUGAUUUCAGUGUUGCAUUUGAUGAACUUCUAACUGUAAAGAUCAUUGAAGUCCCGCAUUGCAUUGAACUACAGAUCAUAAAUACAUCUUUUCGUAUACCAUCAUUAAUCACUCGUAUAUAUGUACCAAUACCUGAUAACACUAUGAUACUAUCAACGUCAAUCAAGGAAUCAUAUCAGUUCAGUUCUAAUCAAGCCGUCACUUUUGAUCACUCGACUGCAGUUGGGAGUGGUCAUACCCACCCACUCCUUCCUGAACAUGGUGAGCUCAUUACGAGUGGUCACAUGACAUUGACAGCAUGCUGGGCCGAGAGAGAGGAUGGUCAGCCACUUUGUCCACCUGCUAUAAAGAAGAAGUCGUCUCAGCUGGAGAAGAUAGCAAGAGUUGGCGUUACAGGAGUCAGCAAUGUGCAUAAACUUAAGAAAUGGAUAGAGGAAGCUAACCUUGACCCUAAUGAUCCUCGUAACUGGGAACUACUAGAGCUUAUUGAAUCCAUUCCAAGCACUCAAGAAGAGACCAAGUACUUUAGAUUGGACAAGAUUGAUGAUGAUGCUCGCUUUGUUGACGAAGAAGAAUAUCAAAAUAAUCGUCGCUUUACUUUAUUAAAGCUAAGAGACCAAGGACAUCCUGCAUUGAAAGGACAGUGCAUACCAAUGAAUGAAGAGGGAAUCAGCGAUUCAUUGUGGAAGUCGGUCAAUGACUACAAGCCAUAUAGUCUGGCUGAGCUCCCUGUCUCCAUAUUUGGUAAUUUCUAUGACAAUAGGAGAGAGCAAAGACUUAGGUACCUCAAUGACGUCCGAGAGAAGGUCUUAAAGAGGGCGGGGUCACAUCUGACCAACGAGCUUACGCUUGAAGACGUUAUUCACGAAGAAGUCAUACCAAAUAUCACUACUCUUGGCAAGACUUUGCUGGGUUUCUUUGCUCCUCGUCGUCCUCUGAAACCAGUGAGGACCCUCCGUAGGAAACCCAAGCCACAGAAUGUACAUGUUGAGUCAUGCCACAUUAGAGUGAGGGUUGUGAGGGCAGUCAAUGUAUCCGUACGAGAAGAAGAACUAAGAUACAAUGAGACUCUUGUUCAAAGUUUUGUCGAGGUGAGAUUUGGUAAAGAGUCCAGCAAGACAGCCUCGGCCCAUGGACCAUACCCACAUUGGAACGAAGAGCUGACGUUACCAUUUUGUCCGCCUGAUGAUGAUUUCAGUCCAUUAGCGUUACAGAAAAUAUCACACGAAUUGGAGAUACACUUGUAUGAUGAGAUCACAGUGAAUAUAUCGAUGGAUGAAGUUCAAAGACAUCAAAGAUUAGAAAAGAAAUGGUUGGGAUCUCUUACAAUCCCUUUCUCUACUCUACACGAUCGAGCAAGAAUUGAAGGGACUUUUCAGUUAGACACGCCCCUUGUGUUGCUAGGAUACACAGCCCCACCCACUAACUCCACCUUAUCCAACGAAUCCUCAAAUACAUACGUCCAGUUAUUCAUUUCACUUGAGCCAGCACUGAGUAUGCUACCACCAAUCAGCGACAAGUUUGAUAGUGUUGAGGAUUCUUUAUUGUUGGAGAAAGGAAAGGCCUGGCUUAAGAACUUAAGAGACAAGUUUCCGAGUAGAAAUUACACGGCCACUGUGCUGGAUUGUAAUGGCAAGAAUGUGUUUGUAACUCGUUUUAUUCGUCCUCAGAAUCCACCAGCUUCAUUACUACCUCAAGACUACCAGACCCUCACUGGAGGGAGCCUACUACAAUGCAUGGAGAGGUUGGCUUGGUUUGUCUCUCUCAUUCCAUUUCUUCCUGAUGCUCUUGUCUUCUCCGGUACAUGUGACGUCUGGUUCACAUCUGAUAUAUUUCUUCACAUGCUUGGAGGGGAUGAAGAGGAACAUGCCGUGUUGCUAUGCAACUAUUUCCUCUUUUUAGGCCAAAGAGCAUGGCUAGUAUUAGGGACUGCAAUACCAGAAGGUCCUACUGCUUAUGUGUUAACACUCCAUCCAGUCUCCAAUAGAUCCUAUAUAUUAUGGAAUCCUUCCAAUGGAAAGCACUUCCCUUACAACCUAUCACACAUACCAUUGCACAGUAUUGGCUGCCUCAUCAACAGUGACAAUGUUUGGGGUAACAUACAAGAGUGGGAUCAUCCCAGUCGAGUGACCUUUGACCUUCAAAACAGUAAGAAGUGGUCACCAUUGUUUCCUUCUACAAUGAACCCAUUGGACUCUAUACAGGUUGAUACAUUAGAAUAUUCAGAAACAGACCCUGAACAAGUACAGCAAUUAAGAACAAGGAUUGAUAGAUUAGUUCAUGAUCACAUUGAGCAGUUAAGAGAACAUGAUCUAACUAGAUGGAACAGAUUGUGCUGUAGAGUACUCCACAGAUUAUCAUCAAGGCUAGAAGAAAAGCCAUUUUCUUCUAAUGAGACAUCACAAUUGCACAAGAGAGAAUUAAAAGAGAGCUUACCAGGAUAUAAAAUUACUGGUUAUCCUCUUCACAUAAAGUACAGUGAUACUGCUCAGCUACUGAGGGCAGUUGAGAGCACUGGAUUGCACUUGUGUCAUCAUAGAAGGAUAGAGUUUGCUAUGUAUGUCACUGUUCAUUCUUAUCCUAAUGAUAUACUCUCUGUUUGGAUUUAUCUUGCGACUGUUACACCUCCUGAUACUAACUGAAUCUAUUCAAUUAAAUGUCUACAGUAUACAAACACAAUAACUAAAUUUUAGUUCAUGAUCAUAAAAUAUUUUUGUUUCAAUAAUGGAUGAGCUAGACUUACUACUGCAUGAAUUGCAUUCAUGAUUAUUGUGGAAGUUGCUUUAUUUCAGC